AGGAAAAGAAACACUUGCGUAAACUUGUCCAUCAAAGAACCCCGGUGCAUGAGCUUAUAAUCAGUUUCAACGGUAAAAUAAACCACCAGUUUCCCAGUAGAUACUUCAAACAUAGCCUGACAUUGGGAUCUUGACUCAUUUGAGAUCCUGGGUCCCGUCCAGCCACCCCCUCUAGCAGGACGGCAGGGUGCACUUCAUUAUUGGAAUUGACGCCUCCGACCGCAUGGAGACCAAGUUGUGCGUCUUGCGCGCAACUCGAUGUCAUGGAGCGGAACCUGGAAUAAUUCAGAGCAGCAGAGACUACCUCUACCUCUGUCGGACUCGGGAUGUAAAACAAACCUAAGUCAGGCUGUCUCAGUCGGUGCCCACAAACUCUCACAGGGAACUCCCUCGCCGUGUUGUUUCUCCGCUGAGUGCACUCUGGCAGCAGCAUCCGUGAACAUGGCUCUGCCUUCCUCUAAAGCUCUCUACAUCGGGAUGGAGGUGGUGAUCGCCUUGUCGUCUGUCAUCGGUAACGUGAUGGUGGUCUGGGCUGUGCGUAUUAACCGGUCUCUGAGAGACACCACGUUCUGUUUCAUCGUCUCCCUGGCCUUGGCUGACAUUGCGGUCGGGGCUCUUGUCAUCCCCCUCGCCAUAACCAUCAGCAUCGGACUCCGGACGCACUUCUACAGUUGCCUGCUGGUCGCCUGCACAGUGCUCGUCCUCACUCAAAGUUCAAUACUAGCGCUCCUGGCCAUCGCCAUCGACCGGUAUCUGAGAGUCAAAAUACCCAUGAGCUACAAGCGGGUGGUGACUCCUCGUCGAGCUGGCACGGCCGUGUUACUGUGUUGGCUGGUGUCCAUCAUAGUGGGCCUCACGCCCAUGUUGGGUUGGAAUAACCUGCAGUUUCUCCGUGACAAUGGCUCCCUGCUCACUGAUGACCUCCUGGUGACCUGUGAGUUUGAGACGGUCAUCAGCAUGGACUACAUGGUCUACUUCAACUUCUUUGGCUGGGUGCUGCCGCCUUUGCUCCUCAUGCUCGCUAUCUACAUCGAGAUUUUUUACAUGAUCCACAAGCAUCUCAACAAGAAGGUGACAGCGAGCCACACAGACCCUAGCCGCUACUUUGGGAAGGAGCUGAAGCUAGCCAAGUCGCUCGCACUCGUUCUGUUCCUCUUUGCAGUCAGCUGGCUCCCUCUUCACAUCCUCAACUGCAUCACCCUCUUUUGCCCUGCCUGUGAUAAGCCCAUGUUCCUAAUUUACAUCGCCAUCAUCUUAACCCAUGGCAACUCUGCGGUCAACCCAAUCGUGUACGCUUUCCGCAUCAAGAAAUUCCGCACAGCGUUCAAGAAAAUCUGGACACAGUAUAUGCUUUGUCAGGAUCCAGUGGGUCGGCUUCCUCAAAGAGGGAGCCAGAGAGGACGUGAGAGGAGGCUGAGGCAGAAUGACGAUGAUGAUGAUGAUGUGUGACCCUUGGCAACUCAUUGGAUUGCUGUGUAACCGUUAGGUUUCACUCCACUGGUUCACACAUGGAAAAUACUUUACUUUCAUGCUCGAGGGAGUACUGGUCAAAAUGGCCUGAAUGGUAUCGCAGGAUGUCAGAGGGAUGAAAGAGUUGAGGAAACUCCAUCAUGGACUGACUGAUUACCUCCAUCCAACAAACUCUGAGAGGGCAGGACGUGUAAUCACAGUGGAUACAACAUAAACAUCCUAUAUCAGACUUUAAAUUAAAUAAGGCUGAUUGUUUAUUUCUCCACUGGCUGACAACAUGAGGUGAUGUUGAAUGAGAUAAGGGGCUUCAACACCAACCUGUUGAACUUGAAUCAGUAAGUCUAUAUCUGUAGCACAUGCGGUACAAAAGUAGUGUAUACUUUAUUGUAUUUUUGACCUUAAAGGUGGGAUAGGUAAGUUUGAGAAACCGGCUCGAGAUACACUUUUUGUUA